AUGCAUUUAUUCAGGGGUACAACCAGUGCCAGAUCACCCCCAACCCAGGUACAACAUUCCCUGAGAUGUAUGCACAGUCAAUGCCACGCUUACUCCCGCCUCCUUCUCCCCCCGUCCCUCCCAGUGCUGGUCCAGGAAUGGAACAAAAGCCCAGCAUCCCCUCCUCCCCUUCUCCCCCUCUCCUCUCCCCUCCCCCCUGGCGUCCAGCCCCUUUGUCCUCCUGUAGCUGAGCCGGAGCGGGAGUCCAGGCAGAGCCGCAAGGACAUUGGAGCCGGGACUGCCAGGGGUGCGGCAGCAGGACAGAGAGGAGUGGUCAGUGCCAGCGCAGCAGCCACAGAGCCCCUGGGUGAGGGCAUGGCCAGGAUGCUGGAGGGCCCGGUGCCGGAGGAGUCGGAGCACAGGUCCCAAGGGCCGUGCGCUGGGUCUUGCCAUGCGCAGCGCCUUCUGCAGACCCUCAAUGCGUACCGACUGAGCGGCACCUUCACCGACGUGGUGCUGCGCGCCGGUGGCCGAGACUUCCCGUGCCACCGCGCGGCACUCAGCGCGGGCAGCGCCUACUUCCGCAGCCUGUUCGCCGCGGGGCAGCCGGAGCGCGGCCUGGCCGUAGUGCCCGUGGCGCCCGUGGCCUCGGAAGCGCCGGGUGCGGAGCCUGGCGUGGCGCUGGAAAGGAGGUUGGAGGUGUCAGAGUCCAGCACGGGACUGGAGGACAAAAAGGCAUGGAAGGGCAGCAAAUUCAUGGACCUAGCUGAAGUGAUCGUGGUCAUCGGCGGUUGUGACCGCAAGGGGCUCCUGAAGCUGCCCUUCACUGAUGCCUACCAUCCAGAGAGCCGGCGCUGGACCCCACUGCCCAGCCUCCCAGGAUACAUGCGCUCAGAGUUCGCCGCCUGUGCUCUGCGCAAUGACAUCUAUGUUUCCGGAGGCCACAUCAACAGCCAUGACGUUUGGAUGUUUAGCUCCCCUCUGCACACCUGGAUCAAGGUGGCCUCGCUGCUCAAGGGCAGGUGGAGGCAUAAGAUGGCAGUCAUGCAGGGGCAGCUGUUCGCGGUGGGCGGCUUUGAUGGCCUUCGGCGCCUGCGCAGCGUAGAACGCUAUGACCCCUUCUCCAACACCUGGGCGGCAGCAACACCUCUCCCAGAGGCUGUGAGCUCAGCUGCAGUGGUGGCCUGUGCCGGCAGGAUCUACGUGAUCGGGGGCGCUGGGCAGGACGGUGUCAGCAUCAACAAGGUGCAGUGCUUUGACCCUGAGGAGGACCGGUGGAGCCUGCGAUCACCAGCGCCCUUCUCACAGUGCUGUCUCGAGGCUGUCUCCCUUGAGGGCACCAUCUAUGUGGUUGGAGGCCUCAUGAGCAAAAUCUUCACUUAUGACCCUGGCACAGAUGUCUGGGGGGAGGCAGCUGUCCUCCCCAGCCCUGUGGAGAGCUGUGGCUUGACUGCGUGUGAUGGGAAGGUCCACAUCCUUGGUGGGCGGGACGAUCUUGGGGAGAGCACCGACAAGGUCUUCACCUUUGAUCCCAGCAGUGGGCAGGUGGAGGCCCAGCCAUCCCUACAGCGCUGUACCAGCUCCCAUGGUUGCAUCACCAUCAUUCAGAGCCUGAGCAGGUGA